AUUUAAUUUUAAGAGUUAGUACAAAUUAAAAUGUGAAUACAUACCCCUUAAUAAACUAUAACUAACUGUUAAAAAUUAGUAUCACUUAAAAUUUCUCUCUCCAUGUUCGAGGUUCGCUAUUCCUCUCUAAAAGUUUCUACUACACUUACAGGAGCUGACAGAAAUUGCGUAGCGGCAUAGGAAGAUGCCUGCACAGAAGAUUGAAACAGGUCACAAUGCCAUAGUUCAUGAUGUUUCCAUGGACCAUUACGGGAAACGUGUGGCAACAGCAUCAUCUGAUAUGACCAUAAAAAUCAUUGGAGUCAGCAACAACUCAGCUUCACAGCACCUUGCUACUCUGAGUGGUCAUACAGGUCCUGUAUGGCAAGUUGCUUGGGCACACCCUAAAUUUGGCUCAAUCCUUGCUUCCUGCUCCUAUGAUGGUAAAGUUGUAAUCUGGAAGGAAGGCAAUCAAAAUGAGUGGACACAAGCUCAUGUUUUUAGCGACCAUAAAUCAUCAGUUAACUCUAUCUCAUGGGCUCCUCAUGAACUUGGGCUUUGCUUGGCUUGUGGUUCUUCCGAUGGUAGUAUCUCAGUUCACACAGCCAGGUCAGAUGGUGUUUGGGACACUACAAAAAUUGACCAAGCCCAUCCAGUUGGGGUAACAGCAGUUUCAUGGGCGCCAUCAAUGGCUCCUGGUGCUUUAGUCGGUUCAGGUGUCGUUGAACCUGUUCAGAAGCUGGCAUCUGGUGGAUGUGAUAACACUGUGAAGGUUUGGAAGUUAUAUAGUGGCGUUUGGAAGAUGGAUUGCUUCCCUGCACUGCAGAUGCAUAAUAAAUGGGUGCGGGAUGUAUCCUGGGCACCGAACUUGGGACUUUCUAAAUCGACAAUUGCUAGUGCUUCAGAGGACGGUACUGUUGUCAUAUGGACUGUCGUGAAGGAGGGAGAUCAGUGGGAAGGAAAUGUUCUUAACGACUUCAAGUCUCCAGUUUGGACGGUUUCAUGGUCUCUAACAGGAAAUUUGUUAGCAGUGGCUGCUGGGGACAACAAUGUUACAAUGUGGAAGGAAGCAGUUGAUGGGGAGUGGCAACAAGUCAAUUCUGUCGACCAAUAGAAUCAAUGUAAUAGAAUUUGAAUUUUAAGUCUUUCUGUUUUGUUUCUACCAUCUGAAGAGUUUUACUAGCUUAAGUGAUGAUUAGCUUUUUGGUUUAAGUUUUACUCUCUGUAUUUGGGUAUACUUAUCCUUUUGUUUGUAUUUGGUGUAUGUGAUGUGAUGAUCAGUUUCCUACAGCUAUAUGAGUUGCAAAAAACUGGUUCAUAUA